AUCGAAGACUCUUCGACACAGUGGAACAUUUAAGUUCAGUUCUAAUGGAACGGGUGUCAACGGAAGGAUGGCGCGAGGCCGGCGCAGCGUUUGUCGGGUGUGUGACGCGCCUUCUGGAGAGGUUGUUGGACUACCGCGCGGUGAUGCAGGGGGCCGAGCACCGCGACAAGAGAAUGUCCGCCACUGUCAACCUGCUCAACUUCUACAAGAACGAGAUAGACCGUAAGGAGAUGUACCUACGAUAUGUGUACAAACUGCACGACCUCCACAUCAGUUCAGAUAACUUCGUUGAAGCUGGAUGCACGUUGUUGUUGUAUGCCGAAACGUUGAGCUGGGAGAGCGAUCAAGUUGGCGUGGACCCAGAACACCCAGAGACUCCUGAAUGGAAGAGGAAAGAGGCGCUCUACAAUCAAGUCUUGCAAUAUUUUGACAGGGGCAAGUGUUGGGAGAAAGGGUUGCCAUUACUUCGUGAGCUGGCAACACUGUACGAAAUGAAGUUGUGUGACUACCCGCGCCUGGCGGAGUGUUUACGUACUUACGCCACCUUCCUCGACUCAGUCAUGAAGGAACUAAGACCGGAACCUGAAUACUUCCGUGUUGGAUUCUAUGGAAAAGGCUGCCCUCCAUUUGUUAGGAACAAGCAGUUUGUGUAUCGCGGGCAUGAGUACGAGCGAAUUGGCGCGUUCACGCAGCGGUUGCAGGCGGAGUAUGUCUCCGCUCACAUCCUGAUGAGGAACACGCCGCCUGACGAGUCAGUCAUCAGUGCUGACGGACAGUAUAUCCAGAUUUGCAACGUGAAGCCAGUAGCCAGACUGGAGUCGUGUCCGAGCAACGCGCCCGAACAAGUGAAGCGAUUCUACUCGUUCAAUGACGUCAACACUUUUCUGUCAGAUCGGCCGCUGCAUAAACCGCCCAUCGAUAAGGAUAACGAGUUUAAGAGUUUGUGGAUCGAGCGCACAACCCUUGUAACAGAGAAUAUAUUGCCUGGCAUUCUGAGGUGGUCGGAGGUUGUCACCAGGUCUGUUGAAGAGAUCACACCCGUUGAAUUUGCGUGUGAGACUAUGGAGUCGACUGAGCGAGAACUACGCAACUUGAUAUCUCAGUACACUGCGGAUCCCUCGAGAAAUAUCAAUCCUUUCUCUAUGCGGCUGCAGGGCACAAUCGACGCUAAUGUACAGGGUGGGAUAAGCAAAUACGAGCAAGCUUUCCUGAGCGCGGAAUUCGGGAGAAACGCCAGUCCCCGCGAGGCGGCGGCCGCGGCCCGGCUCCGGCGACUGGUGACCGCGCAGCUGGCCGUCGUGGACGCGGGGCUGGCGCUGCACGCGCGGCUGGCGCCCGCCGACGUGAGGCCGCUCCACAGGUGA